AUGACGGUUCACUGGAAAGAUGACCCAAAACCACUAGAACAAAUACGUCUCAUUGAUGUUGAGAUGGCACCAGGUCCACGUUGCAUGACCAUCAUAUGCGGGAAUCAGACCAAUCUCUUAAAGGUAUUUACUCUAUGUUGGAAAUCUUUUGCCCCAGACAUCCAGCUUGGCUUUAACGAUUCCGGAUAUGAUUGGCCAUUUAUAGUGGAGAAGGCUACAAAAUUAAAGGUUCUCGACUGGAUAGUCCAACAAAUGUCAGCAAAUCUGCGUAAGACAGCCAAUACUCAAUCCAUCCUCAUUUGGAAUUAUUUCGGUAGAACUGGAAAGCCAUUAAGCAGUGGUUUCUUUCAUAGGGACCAAUGGGCGAAGAAAACAGACAGGAACUUCAGAAGAACAGAAGGUCGUGAAUCUAUUAACAUCAAAUUUGGUACCAAUAAUUUGAGCUUUGAAUCAUCAUUUCUUAAGCUUCCCGGAUGCGUACCAAUUGACGUUUGCGCGAGUUUGUUGCAACUUUUCCCCCGUUCAGAGAGAAGAUCACUCAAAUACUUCUUAGAAGAUUGUGGUCUCGACAGCAAAGCCGAUUUACCUAUAAGCAAAUUAUGGAAGUAUUAUUCAGAAGCGAAGGGUAGGAUUUCAGACUCUUCUACUGAAAAUAUGCACAAAAUAGCUAAUUACUGUACCAUAGACGCCUUACGUUGUCAGGAGCUCGCGGUCAGGCAUAAUAUAAUAAAUGAUUAUAGAGAAGUCGCUUCGAUAGCAUAUAUAACUCUAUUUGAUACACAUUAUUAUGCCAUAGGGACAAAAGUAUCCAACCUCUUGGGUGCUGAAGCAUGGACACAGGACAUACUAUUCAGCAUGAAAACUUCUGAUCAGAAAGCAUCUGGGAAGUUUCCGGGAGCAUACGUUUUCCCACCAGUAAAGGGUCUUGAAAAUAAGCACCCUGUUACAG